AUGCCUGAAUCGACAGAAGGAAAGACAAAUGAGCAUGUGAACUUUUACUGUCUUGGUGGAGGUAAUGAAGUGGGCCGUUCUUGUCACAUUGUCGAAUAUAAGGGGAAAGUGGUGAUGCUAGAUGCAGGUGUCCAUCCUGCUUAUUCUGGAAUUGAAUCUCUUCCUUUCUAUGACGAUUUUGAUCUUAGUAGAGUUGAUGUUUUACUAAUCAGUCAUUUUCAUUUAGAUCACGCAGCUUCCUUGCCUUAUGUCAUGCAGCACACCAAUUUCAAAGGACGUGUUUUUAUGACAUAUCCUACCAAAGCCAUCUACAAGUGGCUUUUAAAUGACUUUGUCCGUGUCACUACUAUUACCGAUGACAGCAAUGGAAUGGAUGAGAAUUCGAAUGCGUUUCUUUAUACGGAUGAAGAUUUGAAUUCUUCGUUGGAUCGAAUUGAAACGCUAGAUUAUCAUUCAACCAUCGAGGUUGAUGGAAUCCGUUUUACCGCUUUCCCAGCAGGUCAUGUUCUUGGAGCAGCUAUGUUUCUUGUUGAAAUGGGUGGUCUUAAAUUUUUGUUUACAGGUGAUUAUUCAAGAGAAGAAGAUAGGCAUUUAAGUUCUGCUGAAGUUCCAGAUGUUACACCUGAUCUUCUUAUUGUGGAAUCUACAUUUGGUACUGCAACUCAUGUUCCACGCUUAGAGCGAGAAAAUAAGCUUACGACAGUUAUACAUUCAACAUUACAGCAAGGUGGUCGUUGUCUUCUCCCGGUGUUUGCUUUGGGAAGAGCCCAAGAAAUUUUAUUAAUAUUGGAUGAAUACUGGCAGAGGCACAAGGAUUUGCAGAAUGUUCCAAUUUAUUACGCCUCAAGUCUUGCUAAAAAAUGUAUGGCUGUUUACGAAAGAUAUAUCAACAUGAUGAAUGACAGCAUCAGAAAGAAAUUCACAGAAACUAACGAGAAUCCAUUUCAUUUCAAAUACAUAAAAAAUGUUGCACAUGCAGAUCGAAUCGAUGACUUGAAUCCUUGUGUGAUGAUAGCAUCCCCGGGUAUGCUUCAAAAUGGUGUGUCUAGACAACUUCUCGAAAAAUGGUGUCCAGACCCAAGAAACACCGUUAUUAUGACCGGUUAUUCUGUUGAUGGUACGAUGGCUAAGAAAUUGUUAACUGAACCUGACCAAAUUCCAGCUUUAAAUAAUCCUGACGUAAGUAUCCCUAGAAGGAUGAAUGUUGAAGAGGUUUCGUUUGCUGCUCACGUCGACUAUGAGCAGAAUUCGGAAUUCAUAGAUCUUGUGCAUGCCAAGAAGAUUGUUUUGGUCCACGGUGAAUCAAAUCCUAUGGGAAGAUUAAAAUCAGCCUUGUUGUCUAGGUAUCAAAAGUUUAAGGACACGGAGGACGAAGUCAAGGUUUAUAAUCCUAGGGACGGCUCAAAACUUGAUUUGGAAUUCAAAGGGAUAAAGAUUGCAAAGGUCAUGGGACAGCUCGCUACCAGUCUUCCGGAAGAUCAUGAUACUGUUAGUGGUAUUCUUGUUCAAAAGAAUUUUGAUCUUAACUUAUUAAAGGUGGAUGACUUGCGUGAGUUUACUGGUUUGACUGCUACUGUUGUUAGAGAACGUCAAGUAUUGCGGUGUAACGUGAAAAGGAGUUUGCUUUAUUGGCAGUUUACACAAAUGUUUGGUUAUGUUAAGAUUUUGAUUGAUGAUCCGGAUGAAUACUCAUUUGAAGUUAUGGAUGUGGUCAGAAUUACAUUAGAGGAGUCUGAAGCUCUUGCAACCAUUGAGUGGCACUCUGGAAUUGUUGAUGAUACGGUAGCGGAUUCAGCUAUAGCAAUUAUAAUUAGUUGCGAUUCUAUUCCUGCAUCUGUCAAAAUAUCUUCACAUCAACAUAGUCACGCACAUAUAAAGGAAGUUCAUUCGGAUGCUGUUAAGCAGGAGAAGCAUGAUGUGCUAAUUAAGGAAGAAGAUCAAACUGCGGAGGUCAAUAAGUUCAAUUCUAGUGUCAAAAAAGAAAGCACCGGUUUGGAUUCAGUUCUUUCAGACGAUUACAGUCCUGAUAUAAGACUUAAGCAUAUAAGUAUGCUUUUGCAUGCCCAAUUUGGAGAUUCGUUUGUGACCUUACCUAAUAAUGAAGGAGGUACGAUCAUUGUAGGGAAGCAUAAAGCUACGAUCGAUUACAAGAACUUCAAUGUUGAUUGUAAGUCUAAUGUCUUGCGUGGACGAAUAGAAGGAAUACUGCGAAGAUCAUUGGAUUUGGUUGCACCACUUUCGCACGAGUAA